AUGCAUUAUUCCACUCUAGUGCUUCUGGAGCUCUCUUACCUUCAGAUUGCCUCUGCGGCAGUGAUAUCCCAGCGUUCCAUUCUUCAGGGCUGGUCUCUUCAGGCUAGCACCUGCCCUAGCGGAUCCCAAUCCUGUAACGAUGGAGGAUGCUGCCCAAGUGGUCUUUACUGCUUCAGUGCAAAGACCGCUGAGGUCGCUUCGUGCUGCACUUCAAUCUGUGUUGGUGCGGUUGAGGGCUCACCUAAAUGCGCCGACUCAAGUUGGUCGCUGUGGCAAGGAUUACAGGGUAACGACUUCUGUUGCCAGGUUGGACUUGUUGGUGUCUACCAAUCAACUGGCACUGUUGCUGGUACUUGUGUUUCCUCCGGUCAGGCAGGAUCUGCUACUACUGCUAGACUUGUAUGCCGCCCGGAGACGAGGUAA